AGUGACCUGACAUGUCACAUCAAAUGAUGCGGACGUGUCAGUCGAAUGAUGAGGACGUGUCAGUCACACUACACUCCUCCCUCCUCACCGGCCAAAUUUUACCCCUCCACUGAAUCCUUUCCUUCGUUUAUACAUGUCUGAUUCAGAUGUUCCUUCGCCCAAGGCUAAUGGUUCUGGUGUGAGGCCUCCGGUGGGAACUCAAAUUCGGUUCGUCCAUUCCCAGUUCGACACGCAGGCGAGAACGUGCGCUCAACUCUUCUCUUGUGCCAGGCGACGUGCAGGCGGUGCUGUG